GAGAUGGAAGGAGGGAGGGCAGGCAGGCUGAGACCUCCUCCCUCGCCUCUUUCUCCUCUCUCGUCUUCCCUCUCUCUCAGUGUUUCUGUCGGCUGCUGUCUCCAUCUCAGAAUGAAGCUCUGACAGCACAAACACUUUCUGGAACGGAGAGAUAUGGACUCACACACGAACAGGACGACAGACGUGAAAGAGAGAGAAUAAGAGAGAGAGAGAGGGAGAGGAGGAGAGAGAGAGAGAGGUAGAGACAGCUCCUUGCUCUGACAAGUUAUUAAAGCCAGAGGUCAGAGGUGGUGACACAAAGGUGGAGGCGCCAUGGCGAUGGAAGGUUUCAGCGAGUUGAUUCGCCGGCUGAAUGACGCACACGAGCGAGAAGUCGAAGGACUGAGAGAGAAGAUCCAGGAGCUGACCAAUAAGAAGGGAGGGGAUUGCAAGCGGAUGGAGGAACUGUUCAACAGGAAUCAGCAGCUCAGAGAGCAGCAGAGGCUUCUGACAGACAACAUCAAACAACUGGAGAACAGGCUGCGGGCGGGGCUGUGUGACAGGUGUUCAGUAACUCAGGAUGUGGCCAGGAGGAGACAGCAGGAGUAUGAGAGCUCCCAGAUACAGAGUCUACAACACAUCUCCCUCCUGGCCGCGGAGGUGAGUGUCCUGAAACAGAGGAACCGGAGGCUGAGGGAAGACCUGAGAGCAGUGCAGGAAAGUCAAGGUGGGUCCUCCUCCCAGGAUAUGACCUCAGAGGUCAGACAGAGCCCUGACCUCUCACCCCCAGCCACGCCCCUGGUGAAUGCAGGGUGCAAGAGCAGAGGGCUGCCAGUAAAGGGCAACGGCGCUAUGAAGACAGAGCUAGACCAGACAGAUGCCUGUGCAACUGAGGCAGAACAGAGUCACCAGUGUGGCUGGACUGGAAGGCAAUCUUUGAACUCCUAUAAGCCCCUCCCCCUAGCCAGAGAGGCUCCUCCCCCCUGGAGGACGGAGCUAGGUGGGGCUCCGGCGAGAGCUGUGGAGCGGAGAACCCAGAGUUUGGACAUCAUCAGACAGUCGCCCAUCGCUCUCUCCAUCCCCUCCCACCUCCUCCUCUCCAGGAGUGCCCUCUCCUCCUCCUCUCUCCCAGGACAGGACAAGUCCAGCCGCCACCAGGUCCUGGUCCCGGUCCCCUACCGGCCCCGCCCUCUGGCCCCCAGCCUCACCCUGCCAUGGCCCCUGGCCCCGCCCCCAGACUGGGCCCCCAGGGAGGGGGGUGGUAGUCUCUCCCAAGCCCAGCUCCCCGCGCUUCCCUAGCCUGCACACUUCCAGACACCCCACCCAGGCACAGCAGGGUAGCCCAGGGAGGAGGUCCCCAGCUGGGCAGGGCUGGCCUCUCCACUGCCCCUUAGAGCCUGGAGCCACCCUGGGGAGGGAGCAGGGGGAGAGAGGAGGGAGGGAGCAGGGGUCCGUGGAUGUGAAAGUGGCAGCGCUCCUCAGGAGCGAUACGGUACUGCACCCCGAGACAGCGUUGGGAGAGAGGCUGGGGAAACCGGUGAUGACAGACGGGCCUCUGGAUCUAUCUGGUCGAGGGAAGUCUAAAAUGAGCCAAUCGCCACAAGAGAACAAGCCCCGCCCCUCCCUGCAGGAGAGGAGCAGAGAGGAGGAGAACCUGCUUGUAACCUCUCCCUCCCCCUCUUCCUCCCCCCGUCCCCCAACACCCCCCUCCUCGUCCUCCACCCCCCCUGCUGGCUCCUCCCCCUCCGCUAACCAAUCACAGCAGCAGAACCAGCAAAACAACAAGCAUCAGGGGGAGGGGCUCACAGGGAGCGAGGACCUAUCAGCAAUCCCCAAAGACAAGAAAAUCCCAGUGCUGACCAUCUCAUUACGACCAGUGGUGCUGCUGGACACUCUACACUGCAGUUUGAAGAGACAGGAUCAUCAUCACUCACCUGACCUGGGUCGUAGCCAGAAGGAGGCUGCUGGGGAGGGAGACAGAGGAGACAGGGGGAGGGGAGGGGGAGGAGAGAGACCAGACCAGUCAAAGUACCAAGAGGACCAGAGAAGAGCUGGACAGCGACUGGGACUUAGAGGCAGUACAGAAGGAGAGGAAGGUCCGAGUGAGUCCAGCCUCCACUGAACAGGAAUGACUGAGCAGUCAGGAAGAGGAGAUAGAGAGGAGGCGGAGGAGAAACACGCCUUCCUUGUGACUCCACACUGAGAAGGAAUAAAACUGAUAUCUGCUUUACAUCUCUCUCUCUCUCCCCAUCUUUCUGCCUUUCUUUCCCCUCUCUCUGUUUCCCUUUCUCUCCCUCCCUCUCUCUUUCAGAUCCAUUUCCUGGCAGAGUUUCUUUUAGUCUUACAUGUUCCUCUUUCUCAUGUUUAGCAAGUGUGAACUUCCCACUGCAGCUGCACGACAGCUGAAGGUGGCAGAGAAGGGGUGGAACUGUGUGUGCGUGUGUGUUCAGCUGUAUACACACGUGCGUGUGUGUGUGUCGGAGGGGAAAGGGCUGUGCUUCUGCAGAAAGGGGAACACGGAGACCUUGCUGUUGUUGCUCCUGGCUAGAUGUCAUUAGUGUGUAUUUCCACUUACAGAGAUGUGGUCAGCCCUGGUGAUGGGCCUUGUUGAUCCUGUAAGUGUAUCAGUCCAGCUAAAUACAUGCUGACUCGCUGUGUUAUGUGUCAAUCUCAUCAGCAUCAUGUUUUGUCUCAUUAAACUGUCUGUCUAGAACA